GCUACUAAGCUAGGCAAAUAUAUUUAAAAGGGAUAGACAAAUAUUGCUGAUAUUCAUGUUUUUAUUUAUGUUUUAAAAGGAAGUCAGUCAAUAUAAUGAUGUGUUAGUCCUCCUUAUAAUAUUUAUUGAUAGCAAUUUUUAGAUCCAAUGUUUGGACAGUUUUAUUUAAUACAUGUACUUGUACAAGUACACAUAUGUGCUCUGAUUUAUGGAAUACAUAUAUAUAAUUUCAGAUAACUCCAGUGAAAAGCCUGUGAGUGAGGAGUUUGAGACAGUUAUGUUUGCAAAUUCUUUGCCUUCUGCUGGUGGAGCAGCUGUGUGUUCUAGCGGUACCUCCACACAGAACAAGAAAAAAAGGAAGAGUCCUUGUGGUGACACUGAAGACGAUGUCAGGUUGAAAAUCGAAUUUAUCAACUUGGAAAAAGAACGGAAUAGAGCUGUGAAGGAAUACAGAGCCAAGAAGUUGGCAUUUUAUGAAAAGAUAACUCAGCAGCAGGGUGAAAUGAUUCAACUUCAAAUGAGGACAGCAACAGCCUUGGAGUUGAUUGCAUCAAGAUGUCAACGAACAGCAACCUUAAUACCAUCACCCUUUUCUGUUUCUCCUAUAAUCAGAUUUGAUAGCUAGAUAUGCACCAUCUGUUAGCUUAAACAUGUACCAUCUUUAAGGUAGAUCGAUCCUCAUGUGAUGUCAUAGAUUUUUGCAAAAAUCUUUAUUCAAUCAAUAUUUCACUGAUAGAAAUAUA